AUGACUAAAUUUUCCGCUAGCGACAUUAAAAUUGCAUCUGUUCGAGCCUACUAUGACGAUAAAACCACCACAAUCACAACUGAAAUGACAAAUCUGCUGAAAUACGAAAGUCAACACUUUCGAUGUAAAGUUCAAAUCGAAUUGCCUGAGAGCGUUUCAGACAAGCACUGGAGCAUAGGUCUUGUUCAAGCUUGCGAUCGAAUGUAUUUGGAGAACCGUUAUGGUGGCAGCGGCAGCUCAUUCUGGGAGUUUCAUCCCCUUAAAAGCGGUCGACAUAAGAUGGUCAACGAUAGUGAUGGACGACAAUAUCCAUUCUACAGCCUGACAAGCAGUAAAUUUGAACUUCGUAAAGGUGUGGUUCCAGAAAGCUUGGUUACUCUUUCUUAUGAAGAUCACUUUUAUCCUACUGUGGCUUGGCAAUUACCUUAUAAUGGAGCUGCUAGACUAACGGAUGUCAUAAGAAAGCAGGAUUUUUGGGUUUGGCUUAUAGCUAUUAAGCGGGCCAGUUCGAGAAAUUCUUCAAUGGAUUCGUUCAAUGCUAAACAGGAUGAAGUUUAUAUUCUUAAAACCAUGCGCUGGCGUUAUAAUCUGCAUAUGACUUUUGAUUUGAACCAGCCAAUAGGAAGACGCCUUCAGGACGUUUUUGAUAAACAGGCAUCGCAACCAGAAAUCUUAGAGACUAACAAACCGAUUCCAUUAUCCGCUCUGAGUCCUCCACAUUGUAAUGCUGCUCAAUCCCUCAUAUGGUAUCCGACUAAUAAUGAAAGACCCAGACUCUUAGUGUCACCGAAGCAAAUUAUUGUUCCCUGGGAAAAUUGGACAAAUGAUAUGGCUCCAGGAAGAAAUGCGGUACUAAAGAAACCUGAUCAAUGUAAAUUGGUUGGUGAGUGGAGUACUGACAUGGAAAUUGGUGUGGACAUAAACACAAUGUCAGGACUUGCUAACAGUCGAGCCUGGGAAAUGACAGAUGGUCCAAGUAAUCCAUAUCAUCAUAUGCUAGGUCGCAGUCGCGGUUAA